AUGGCGCAGGAUUCUCACCGGAUCACUCAGCUAGUCCAAACCCUCGAAGCUGCGAAAACGAAAGGACGACCAAAAGGCAAAAAGGGAUUCUCCUGCAAAAAGGCAACGUUCCAGGUUGAAGGCUCCCAUGGCAUCACCGUCGACUCCUGGCGCUUCAACGACUGGGACUACAAGCGAGAUGACCUUCCUACCUAUGCUCGUGGACUCUUUACAACCAGGAGAUCGGACGGAACUCCAGAGAUCGCGAUCCGAGGAUAUGACAAAUUCUUCAACAUCGACGAGGUCCCCGAAACAAAAUGGGUCAACAUUGAGCACGACACCGCUGGGCCCUACGAGCUGAGUGUCAAAGAGAACGGUUGCAUCAUUUUCAUGUCCGGGCUCGAAGACGGCACUUUGCUAGUUUGCAGCAAGCACUCUACAGGUACACGAGACGAUGUCGACCAGAGUCAUGCCACUGUUGGGGAGAAAUGGAUUCAGAGACACGUCGAAAGCGUGGGCAAGACCACACAGCAACUAGCAAAAGCACUGAGAGACAUGAAUGCUACGGCCGUCGGUGAGCUGUGUGACGACUCGUUCGAAGAGCACGUCCUAGAGUACCCGCCAGAGGCGGCUGGGCUGUACCUCCAUGGCAUCAACAUCAACGUCCCUGAAUUCGUCACUUUGUCCGGUUCAGAGGUUCACGAGUUUGCCGACACCUGGGGCUUCAAAAAGGCACAGUAUGUGAUGAUCCAAUCACUUGAUGAGGUAAAAGAAUUUCUCCAGAAAUGCGCAGAGACUGGCUCUUGGGAAGGGCGAGACACUGAAGGAUUCGUGGUCAGGUGCAAGAAGAGAAGUAGGGAUCGGUCAUUUGCACCAGACUGGUUCUUCAAGUACAAAUUUGAAGAGCCCUAUCUGAUGUACCGGCAAUGGCGCGAAUGCACGAAAGCCAUCAUCUCCGGGAGACCACCCAAGUACAAGAAGCACCAGAAGAUUACCGAGGAGUACUUGAAAUACGCACGGCGGCAACUAGCCAGAGAUCCAUCGUUGGCCAAAGAGUACAACAAGAACCACGGAAUCAUCAAAAUGCGUGAUGGUUUCCUUGCCGAGAUCGGUCAGAAGGGGUCCGACAUCAUUGCCAAAGAACGAGCGGACGGAGACGGGGGUGGGCAUUAUGCCUCUCUCAGUGACAUCGUCCUCGUUCCCAUCGCCUCGAUCGGGUGUGGUAAAACUACUGUUGCAACUGCGCUGGUCAAACUUUUCGAUUUUGGUCAUGUACAGAACGACAAUAUCCAGGGACAAAAAGGUCGACCAGCCCGAUUCGCUGCUGGCGUAGUCAAUGCCAUGGCAAGCCACAAAGUGGUGAUUGCUGACCGUAACAACCAUCAACGCCGGGAGCGACAGCAGAUCAUGGAAGACGUCAGCAAAGUGGUCCCGGAUGCAAGAUUUGUGGCGUUGCAUUAUGUUCACGAACCCAAGGACCGGAUGCUCGACGACAUUCGCAAAGUCACCCGCCAGCGUGUGCUGGACCGUGGAGACAACCAUCAAACUAUUCGAGCAGGGAGCAAAAGUCCACAGGAGAUUAUUGGGAUCAUGGAAGGAUUCUUGGAUCGCUUUCAGGGCUGCGACAGGAGCGCAUUGCCGGAUGCCGACUUUGACGAAGUAAUCGAUUUGGACGUCUGCGCGUCCUCUCUGGAGAACCUGGAGACAGUCAUCACCCAUCUUUACAACGCUUACCCGGGACUGCUGCCGGAAGAAAUGCCCAGUGAUGAGGACAUGCAAGCCGCGAUUGAAUAUGCAAUGGGCAAUGAAGUCACGACUAAACACGAUCUCUCGUUUGGCAAGCCCACGAAUGGGGAGAGGGCUCACAAGCAGAAAACGACCGUGCCAAACCCGCAAGAGGAAAAGCCACUGACGUUAGACCAACUGAUGGGCAAGCUUGAAUACUUCAGCAUAUCCGUGCCGGCAAAGAACAUUGAAUCCAUUCUGGCCUCCAUGUUCGAGCAUGCUUCGGCCGAAGAAGCCCGCAUGUACCGCAUGUUGAAGCAGUCGCGGCGCCUUCAGAAUGAAUUUCAUGUGACCUUGAUCCAUCGGGCAUCAGCUAGCCAAGAUCCCAGAUUGUGGGAAAUGUAUCAGGAAGAAUAUCGCAAAGCCAUGGCUGGCAAAGAUCUCAAGAACAAGAACGAACUGGCGCCCACUCUCGGGCAAGCACGAGUCAAGCUGGAAAGCGUCGUGUGGGACGACCGGAUCAUGGCAUUUGUUGUACGCAUCUAUCCUGGUGCUGAGGGACCCUCGUGGCGGAGUGCCAACGCAAUCGCACAUAUCACGGUAGGAACGGCCAGGCCGGAUGUCAAGCCAAAGGAGAGCAACGAUCUUCUGGGCCAGUGGGAGUCAGGUGAGACAGAUGGAAGAUUGAUCCACCAUAAAGAAGUCCCAGGAGCAGUCAUUGUGGACGGGAAUGUCAAGGCUGUGUUUCAACGCAACUUUGCGUCUGGGAAGUAG